UGACGUCAACAGAAUGCGCCAUGAGAGUAGUAUUUACAUGAAUGACACCCCCGUAGCCCACUAUGUGAGCUAUGUGUGUGAGUUAGUAUAGUAAGCAGUUCAUUCAUGUUGUACAAAGCUUCAUUUUUCUAAUAUUUUAACAGCCUACUGCAGGAUACUGAGGUGCAGCCUGCUAGCUGUCGUGCUACUACUCGCCUAGCUUUCUUUGCAGGUUAACAAGAGUUCAAUGUGCAGCUAACUCAUAGAGGACAGUAUCAUGGCUUACACGCAGAUAUUGAGAGCUCUGCACCGGAAUCUGCAGCAGACUGCUUCACAGUCCUCCGUGCAGAAAUGCUUUCUGAUCCACACACACAGGGCGGUGUCGACAGGGUCCAGACUGACCUUCCACAGGAGCGGGGAGGCUCCCUCGUCUGUCCCCGCUCUGAGCUGCUUCAUCCAGGCGCAGACUCGGCGAGGUUUCACCCUCAACUACUCAGACAGAAACAAAACCAGCCCCGAGGACAGAGACAGAUCCGUGUCCAGGUAUCAGGGUGGAAGUCCAAAACACUCAGCCUCUCAGAAAGUAAAAGACGCGGGCAGGGACUUCACCUACCUGAUCAUCAUUCUCAUCGGGCUUGGAGUGACAGGGGGGCUGUUGUAUGUGGUUUUCCAGGAACUGUUUUCAUCCUCAAGUCCAAAUAAAAUCUAUGGGAAAGCCUUCAACAAAGUCCGGUUGGACCCCGAGGUGAUUGGUGCAUUUGGGGAGCCAAUCAAGUGUUACGGGGAAACUACACGCCGAGGAAGGAGACAGCAAGUCAGUCACAUGGAGUACCUGAAAGGCGGUGUGAAGCACCUACAGCUGAAGUUUUACAUCGAAGGCUCAGAGCCAGGCCGCAAGGGAACUGUGCAUUCAGAGUCAAAGGAGGAUCCUGAAACCGGGAAAUAUGAGUUUCAGUAUAUUGUUGUGGAGGUAGACACCUAUCCGAGACGAACCAUCAUUGUGGAAGAUAACCGAUAAGACACAUUCAGGACACAUGAGUGUUACGUCAGUGAAAAAACAUUUAUGUUUCUAAAAGUAACGGACAAGCAGCCAAAGAUUGACACUGGAUUAAUUUCACUUUGAUAUAACAGUGCUGUUAUGUUAGACGUUAUUCGUUUUGAGUGAUCUGGCUUUUGAACACCAACAAACUGGUCAGCGUAUAGUGAGGAGCUUUGCAAAGCACAGCCUCUUUCACUGUAAAUGAUAAUUGAUUCUUAUAUAUCAUGGCUAAUAUUCAUAAUCGUGCAACAAAAGUUGAAUUGCGCCAGAAAAAACUAAUAAAUGUUUUGAAAAAAAAA